AUGGGAAAGAAAGCAGUUCAUUUCGGUGCUGGUAACAUCGGCAGAGGCUUCGUCGCUGAAUUCCUUCACAACUCCGGAUAUGAGGUUGUCUUCUGCGAUGUCAUGGACAGCAUCAUUGAGCAAUUGCAGCAGAACAAGUCAUACAAAGUGAUCCAAGUAGGAGCAGAGGGAAACUCCGAAACUACCAUCACCAACUACCGUGCCAUCAACUCGAAGAUCCACGAAGCCGAUGUCAUCGAAGAAAUCACGACUGCCGACGUUGUCACCUGCUCGGUCGGCCCAAGCAUUCUCAAGUUUAUCGCUCCUGUCAUUGCCAAGGGCGUCGACGCGAGACCAAACGAAGCCACUCCUGUUGCAGUCAUUGCCUGCGAGAAUGCCAUCGGGGCAACCGAUACCUUAGCGGAACACAUCAAACACGCGAAAAACACCGAUCCAAGUCGCUUGGAGGACCACCACGAGCGUGCUCGAUUUGCAAACUCUGCAAUUGAUCGUAUCGUUCCAGCACAGGACCCAAGCGCUGGCCUGGAUGUGAAGUUAGAGAAGUUCUACGAGUGGGUGGUUGACGCCACACCAUUCAAGGACCACGACUGCCCAGCCAUUGAAGGCAUUAAAUGGGUUGACGAUCUUUUCCCAUACAUCGAGCGAAAACUCUUUACUGUCAACACUGGCCACGCCGCAGCAGCGUAUCACGGCUACUACCACCAGAAGACCACCGUCUACGAUGCGUUACAAGACCCAGCCAUCGUGGACGAGGUCCGCAAGGCUUUGAAGGAGACAAGCAAACUGAUCGUUGGCAAGCACGGUAUCAAUGAACAGGAGCAGAAAGAUUACGUUGAGAAGAUCAUCACACGAAUUGGCAACCCCCAUCUUGAGGAUGCGGUUGAGCGUGUUGGUCGUGCACCACUCCGAAAGUUGAGCCGCAAAGAGCGAUUCAUUGCUCCAGCCGCCGAGCUCGCCGAGCAAGGUGAUGAAUUUGGUGCUCUGCUCGACGCUGCUGAGAUGGCUUUCCGUUUCCAGAACGUCGAGGGUGAUGACGAGUCAGCGGAACUCGCAAAGAUAAUGAAGGCUAAUGCACCAGAAAAGGUUGUUGAGCAAGUUUGUGGACUAACGUCGAAGGACAAACUCUUUUCCCACGUUGUUGAGGUCGUCAAAAAGGUCCAGGCCGACGCAUAG